CACGGCGCCAUUUUUUUUUCUUUUUCAAAUCUAGAAAAAAAAAAAUCAAAACUCAAAGCAUUCCAGCCUUCUUUCUCCUCCCCAGCAAUCAACCAACGGCAGCGAUGGAGGUGGAGACCACCAGGCCGCCGCCGGCUCCGGCGCCGGCUUCCGCGCCGUUCAUCAUCAUGCCGUCGUUGGCGGCGUCGGCCUCCGGGCAAGCGGGCGGCGGGGAUGAGUUCACGGCGGACGACCUCGCGGCGGCGGACCAGCUGGUGCAGCUCAGCGUCAGCGGCGGCGAGGAGGACCAGUGCUGUUCGUCGUCGGUCCGGUCGGUGAACGACGCCGAGAACGAGGAGGAUGAAGACGAGGACGCCGCGGGCCGGGGGCUGGUGGACCGCAGGGCCAGGAAGCGCUACCGGCUGGUGUCGGAGCUCUACGCCGCCACCAGGCAGGUGAAGAAGGCGGCCGGCGCCGGCGGCGGUGGCGAUGGCAGCAGCAGGAGGCGGAAGGGCAGGGACGGGACGGGGAAUUGAGAGCUCGAGUGGAGAUCGGGAGGUCCAUCGGAUCGAGCCGACAUGAAUGCAGUUCGUGCCGUCAUGGUCUGGGUUGGGCUUCUUGAGCCCCGUGUAAAUAUUUCCCUUUCUUUUUUGCUUCUGUAGAAAAACAGUUUUGAGCGAGUGCUUGUUUCGUUUCUGAAGUUUUGAGAUCCAAAUUUGAACUUCUACAAGUGUUUGAAUUCGAA